CUUCCAGCCCCCCAGAAUGGACCCUCUCUCUCUCUCUCUCUCACACAAACACACACACAACACAAACACAUGAGAAGUACAUACAAGAGAGAUAUAUCCCGCAAAAAGUGGCAGUUAGCUAGUAGUUUGGAUGGUUAACCAUAGCCUUUUUUAUCUGGUGUGGACCAGAUGGGAUUCAAUCCAAAGGUACAACAAAUCAACCAACUCAACCAUGACACGAUCUGAAUAUCUUAGUCAUAAAGAGUUUAUGCCAUUUCAAGGUCUGUCCCAUUUACAUGGUUCGAUUGCCACUAUGUCCAAGUUGUGUCCAAUAUUCUUCACCUUGCUCUUCUUAUCAUCAACCCUUUCUGUUGUUCAUUGCUCUGCCCCAUGCUUCCCACACCACUAUGUUCAGCAAAUCAAUCGAAAAUUCGAGCAAAAAACCGAUCGGUUCUGGGAGUUCGAAGAGCAAUCCAACAGUUGGGUUGAGGUAAAAUUGCCUUAUGAUAUAGUUUCCUGCAUCAACGGUAACUGUACUAAAUUGGGUUUGAUUGAUCGGACGAAGAAGAACGAGACUGAUGAGCAUAUGGAAAGAGAAAUCAAGGUUCCGGAACAGAGGGAUGGGUUGAAAAACAGAGGAGCAGCAGAGGAGAGUACUUCUGAUAUGGUUAUGCCUUUCAGGAACAGAGUUUCUCUGAUGAAAAUGUCCGAUACGUCGAUUUGGGUGACCGGUGAGAGCGGGGCCAUCUACGAGAGGUUCUGGAAUGGAGUGCAGUGGGUGAUUGCUCCCCAUGAUUUGCCGGUAUUGGCAGGUCCUGCAGUGUCUGUUUUCAUGGUCAACCAGACCAUUCUUGCUCUCUCUGAAUCAGGCAAUUUGUAUCAGAUGCAGCUCAGUGAAAAUUCACAGCCAAUUUGGAUUGAGUUCACACCAACACUUGGUCCUGGCACAAGUAAAGAAAUGGAACAAAAUUCAGCUAUGCCACUAAAGUCUGGAGUUAUUUCAUACAAUGGGGAGAGAAUUUAUUUCUGCACAAAAGAUGGGUCACUGUUAGAACUCAAUGGGGUUGAGCCUCCGAGGUGGGUGAAUCACGGCCGACCUCCAGGUGCAGAUGUUGCAGCUAUAGCUGAUGCUGCCACAAUUAGACCAGAAGUAGUGUUUACUGUAAGUUCUAUCGGAGAUCUUUAUGAAUACGACAGGAGCUCAAAGCCAUCAUGGAAGAAGCAUGUAUGGAGAGAAGGAUCAGCACAAGAUACUUAUUUGAUGCCACUAAUGGGGAGUCCUAUACUUGGCUUGAGUGGAGCUCAUUCCAUCUCUCUUUAUCUUUUGACUAAGGGUGGUAAUUUGGUUGAGAGAAGACUACACCAGAGGAAGUGGAAAUGGAUAGUCCAUGGAAGUCCAAAAAAUCACCACUUGACAUCCAUCACUCCAGUUUGGCAAGAGGAAUUGAAUGAAAAGUCAUACUCAAUAUUUUUCACAACAGCUUCUGGCACCGUGUUUGAAUAUAGAGUAGCAAAACAUUCAGGUACUAAUCAAGAAAACCAAAUCCUAGAGAAUUGGGCGAGUCAUAUGCAUCCCCCAAAUGCAAAAGCAGCAAGGGGUAUUGCAGGGCUGCAGUUUCAAGUUGGCAGGAUACUUUUUCCACUGGAUGAUGGUAGGUUAGCAGAAUUGCAUCUACCAGGCCUUGGUGGUGAAAAUUCAGGUCCAACUCAUCAGGUUAAUAUCCGAAGAAAAGCAUCACUCAAGUAUGUAUGGUCAAUAAUAGAUGCACCAGAGAGUGAAGGAUGGAAUGCAGAGUAUUGCACCGAAGAACGUGGACCCUCAAAUUGCAUCACUGGCAUAAAAGAUGAACCAAAUUUGGCAGAAAUUUCAAGGUCAACACCUAGAAGGCGAAAGGGUAGUAAAGCAGAAUUAAAUUACUUAACUGUUGGCGCAUCAGCUAGUAACCUAGGUAAAGUUUCGGAAGAGUAUAAUGUCCCAAAGAAUUGGAUCAACACGAACUUCCGCCUAAGAGUGAUGCAUGAGAGCAGAUCAUUCUUCCUCGUCACAGAUGGCGGCUUGACCUUGGAAUAUCUUAAUACUGAAAAUGUGUGGUUAUGGCUGAGGCAUGACCACUCAACAGCUAUGAAAGGCGCACUUGGAAGCUACAAUGGAAGCUUGUUUGUGGUUGACGAGCAUGGGAGUUUGCUCAUCAGAGAAAGGAGUGGCAAUGAACUAGGAUGGAUAAAUUGCACCUCUAUGAGGAAAGGAAGACAUGUUAUUGGAGGUCCACCUUGGGAUGGAAUUCCAGGGAGAGUUCAAAGAGUUACACCAGUGGAUGCAUCCUUCUUUGUGAGCAAAAGUGGAAGAUUACAACAGUUCACAGUUUCACUGAGGAAGUUCAAAUGGAAGGAUUGCCGAAACCCUCCAAAUACUAAGAUUGCAUCUAUAGUAGAUCAGGAAUUGUUUAGGGAAAACAUAGUGUUUGUUGUUGGGAAAAAUGGCCGGCUAUAUCAGUACAACAAAGUCACAGAAUUAUGGCAUGAGCACUAUCAGUCCCAACACUUGCUUCUGUCAGGAUUGCCCGGUACUGCUAUGAGGGAAUCAUCACUAUCACUAACAGGCUCUCUUUUCAUGCUAUCAGAAGAUGGUGGACUAGUUGAAUAUCACUGGAAUACAUUGGAUGGGUGGAAUUGGGUGGAGCAUGGAACACCAGAUAAAACUGUGACCUUGGCAGGUUCACCUGGACCGUGCUUUGGAGGUAACCAAUUGUUCUUAAUUGGUUCAGAUGGCAAAGUCUAUUUAAGGUACUUGGAUCAGACAACAUGGAAAUGGAAGAACUUUGGUUUCCCGUUUAUGAAAACUACAGUUGUUGAAGAUCCAAGAGAGGCCAAAGCCAAAUCCAGAAAUGAAGAAGUUUGUACUGAUGAAGAUUUUGCUGCUAGGACUGAUAAAAAUGAAGAAAACCUGAAUGAUAUCAACAAAAACUGUGACCCAAAGGUGGCAUCUACACGACCUAUUCCAUUCGCGGAAGAUUCAGUCAUAUUCGAGCUAAGAGAUAGCAGAUUGGCAGAACUGCGACGAACUGGGGACAUGCAUUGGCAAUGGUUGCGGACCAUUGGUACUCCCACAAGCUUAUGCAUAGCGAAUUAUUGGACUGCUUUGGCAUCAUGAAACUCGAUACAACCUCUCAUAUACAUAUAGAACAAGUCAGUUACAGAAGAAUGCACAAACUACAGAAAAUACAAGUUGUUGUACAGUAUAUACGAAAAACUGUCACGAGGCCUAGACCUUUUCUUCCCUUGCUCUGGAUGAUGUGGGAAUUCAAUGUAUGAAACAAUAAGGAAAUGAGCCAUUAGGUCUGCUUUCAGUAUAAUGCAGGUGUUCAAUGUAAAAUUACAAACAUGUGACAGUUGAAUAGCUAGUAAACCACACAAUGGAAAUGUAUAAAAAGUAAAAGAAAGGAUCAUCUUGUCAUGGUUUUCUAUGUAAUAUAACUUUCUCACAAGUACCCAAGCGUGUGAGUGAAUUAGCCCAAGGGUGACUGAGGAGGAAGGCCAAGGCAAAACCGGCAGGAGGCAGAGAGUGUUGGAUUGAGCAGGUAGAUGUGAAAAGGCUUACCUAAGCCGUGUCAAGAUGGGGUACAACGCCCUAGAUGGCCGGCCACAGAGUAAGGGUGAAACUCUAGGCCUAUGACAGUGUCACAGACUCGCAAUAUAUUUUGCAAAUGUCUAAAAUUAGCUGUGAUGUUUGCGUGAAGCAUAUGCGAGACACUAUUAU